UCCUGGAGGAGCUGAGCUCUGUAAGACAGCACACAGUGAGUGAAAUCCCAGCCGCUCAUAAUCGCAAUCCACCUGUAUUGGUACACUGUACAGCUGGAGUGGGGCGUACUGGAGUAACGAUACUGAGUGAUUUACUGCUUUACACACUUGAUCACAACCAGCUUUGGAUUCAUUCUCUUCAUUGAACAGAAACAGGAUGAUAAUCAUCGUGUUGUCGGCCACUCUUCUGGCAACCCUCGCGGCUGGCCAGAGUCAAGACUCCUGUUAUGCCGACCAGACAGACCCCUACAUCUUGUUUGGCACUGCUACACCAUAUGAAGCUGUGAGCAAUACAAAUGCAAGCUAUGUAUAUAUUGAUAAAUGUGAAGCUAAGCAGUUCUGGAUUAUAUCUCGUCAUGGCACGAGAUAUGCUGAUGCUGAUGAAGUUGAUGAACUGAAAGAUCUUUAUGAUCUCCAAGAGAAGAUCAUCAAAAAUCAUGAAAAAGAUGGAAGUGGCAGUUUAUGUGCCAAGGAUCUCGAAAACCUUAAACUGUGGACUCUACAAGUGGUCUCAAAUGUGAAGCGUGAUCUUACCCCUCAGGGCUACAAUGAUCUUUAUCGCUUGGGUAAACGCUUCAAGAGCAGGUUCCCAGCACUGUUCAAACAAACAGUGACAAAGGACUCAUUUAAGGUCCAGUUCACCACAAAACAGAGAACUGCAGCCAGCGCCAUUGCAUUUGUGGAUGGAUUAUUUGGAACUGGAAUGGGUUUGGAGUUCCCAGAAGCCCUGGAAGAUGACAUGCUUAUUAAGCCAUAUGCCAGCUGUAAAAAGUGGGAAAAAGAUGUUGAAAAAAACAAAGACACAACAAAGGAAAUGAAAAAAUUUUAAGACAGUUCCACAGUGACAACACUUGUGGGAUCUGUGUCCAAGAGACUCGGAUUUUCCAAGACACUUGACCUUGAUGACAUACUCUUAAUGUAUUCUGCAUGUCGAUAUGACAAGGCAUGGCACUUGGAUAGUUUCUCCAUGGUGUGCUGCCUUCACUGAAGAUGAUCUUAAAGCCCUGGAGUACAUAGAAGACUUGGAGUUAUACUACAGCACAGGAUACGGCAAUGACUUGAA